GUCGUAACUGCCUUGUCUGUGGGUGGUAAAGGUCCGGAGAACUGGUCUAGGUCGACCCAGACGCCGCCUCGCUUUACCUAAACCCCACCUUCUGGGUGCUUGUUGUUUUUUUCUUCACCCUUGACACUCUAAGUAUAAUUUUUACGAAACUUUUCCCGAGAGAGAGAGGCUCGCAGCUGGGGGCCAAAGUCUGGAUUCUUGGCUUUGGGGAAGUCGCAGACUCCUUUGAACGUGUGAUGUCAGCUACAAAGCUCUUGCUCUGGCGAAUGUAGUAACAGACGUGGAUGGAAUACCACCAGCCAAAGAUAUUCCAGCGUUAUUCAGCCAUCCAGCUUCUCCAAAUCAACACCAUGGGGGGGCAGCAGAGAUCAAGAAAAGCCAUCUUUUGGUUCCUUGGAUUCUGGAGCUUCAACUAGCAGGAACAGGGGGUUUGGAUUGUCCCAGAACCCAUUUGCUUCACCCAGUUCUGAUGGGCAGAAAGAUGAAAAGAAACUUCUGGAAGGAAUUAUAAAAGAUAUGGAAAUUUGGGAAUCAUCAGGGCAGUGGAUGUUUUCUGUUUAUUCACCAAUGAAAAAGAAACCUAAUAUUUCAGGUUUUACAGACAUUUCACCAGAGGAGUUGAGGCUUGAAUACCAUAACUUCUUAACCAGCAAUAACUUACAGAGUUAUCUGAAUUCCCUCCAACAGUUAGUAAAUCAAUGGAGAAACAGAAUAAAUGAACUGAAAAGUCUGAAUACAUCAGCUAAUAUAGCUUUGCUCUCAGAUCUAAAGGAUGGAAUAAAUCAAGCAGCACCUGCAUUUGGAUUCAGCAGUACACAAGCAGUAACAUUUGGAUCACCAGGUUUUCCAGGAAAUAGCAGCAGUACUAGUGCUCAGAAUUUUAGUUUUAAACCAAGCUCUGGGUUUUCCUCUGCCUCUUCUGGAAGUCCUUCUUUAUUUGGGAAUACUCCAGCAUUUGGAGCUGCAUCCUCUGCCAGUUCUGCCAUCACUACUUCUGUUCCAACGUUUGGAUUUGGGAAAUCUUCAGUCACAUCUGCUGCUUCGUUUUCUUUUAAAAGUCCUGCAGCAUCUGGUUUUGGGUCACCUGGAUUUUCAGGAUUUCCAGCUUCCAUGGCAACAGGCUCUGUUGGAGCUCCAGGGGCCCCAGCCUUUGGAAGUGGCAGUUCUGUGGCUAAUUUUGGUAAUCUAGGCUCACAUUCUCACACUGCUUUUUCCAAGUCAUCCAACGACACCUUUGGAAAUAGUAGCAUAUCCACCUCUCUCCCAACCUCAAAUGGCAGCACCAUAACAGAUAAUGUAUUAUUCACACCGAAGGAUCAACUAACAACAGAAGAACUAGAUCAAUUUCAAUCCAAGAAAUUUACUCUGGGAAAAAUUCCUUUAAAGCCACCACCUAUGGAACUUCUAAAUAUUUGAAAGGACGAUUCUAAAUACAGAAAAGAACAGCUCUUAAAAUUGUCUUGAGUGGUUUGUAUAAAAUUGCUUUGAGUGGUUCAAAUAUAUACGUAUAUAUGUAUACGUACAUAUACUUACACGGGAUAUAAACUUUCAAUAAUAACUUUAGGGGAUUUGAAAUUCAAUUAUUUUUUUCUAAGUAAAGUAUAUGAAAUACUCAGCAAGAAGUUUUUUUUUUUUUACUUUAAUUAUGAAUGGAACUGAAAAAAACUGUCAUUGUGCACUGAAUAAAGUGCUAUUUUCAUUCUAUCUCA